AAUAUUUCAAACGUUUUAAUUCGCACAGCAAAUAAUGCACUUGUUUGAAGAGAUGAAGCGCUUGCGCUCAGAACAUGCGCCCCUUGCAAUAUCUGUGAGAUAAUAAUGAAGGGUGAUAUUCGACACAGCAAACAUGUGAAUUGAAUGAAAAAAUGGCUAAAAAACAGUUUAAAUCAACCUUGAAUUUACAAAUAAAAUGCAAUGGAAGAAUCAUUUUUAAAUUAGCUCCUUAAAAAGAUGGGGCUCAAAUCUAUUUCCUAUGUUUUAUUUUUUCUUAUUUGGGGAGCAAGUAUUCUUGAGAGUCACAGUGUACCCUGCGACUUCAAUUCCAUGUGCCUGUGUUGGGUUCAAGAUGAUUCAGAUUUUACGAAAAUGGACAUUAAUUGUUUAGGAGUUCCAUUCGCUAGAUUUCCAGAUGUCUCCGUAAGCUAUAUAGCACAAUUGGAUGUAGUUGGCUCAGGAAUCCAAAUUUUGGAUAAUGAUGCUUUGGCGAGUUCGACGAGUGUUGAAGCUCUUGGUCUAAUGAGCAGUCAAUUAAUGAGUAUUAGUGACAAAGCAUUGCAUGGAGUAGUCGACAGUCUUCGUUCGUUGGAUUUGAGUUACAAUGCCCUAGAAGAGGUUCCAUUCAAAGCUCUUUAUAAUUUAAAAAAAUUAAAUUGGCUAAAUAUGCACAGCAAUCAUUUAACGUCAUUAGAUGGAGAUUGGGGUUUAGUGAAAAAUACUCUAGUCAGUGCUUUCUUUGGAGACAAUUCAAUAAAAGAAUUACCCUUAUGCUUCGGGGAUUUUGAGUUUCUAGUAUGGCUCAACUUGGACAACAAUAAUUUGGAAGAAAUUUCUGAAUCAUCACUACCUCCAAACAUUCACACCGUAAGUCUGAAUAACAAUCUAUUGAAAUCAUUUCCAGCGAGUGUGAGAAUUUUAAAAGAAUUAUCGUUCCUCUACUUGGGAGGAAACGACAUGAAAACACUGGAAUUGCCCUAUUUUCAAAGCUCCAGUUUGGAGUUGAUAGACGUAAGCGAGAACUCCAUAGAGAUGAUAAAAUUUAUGGGUUAUCCCAAUCGAACACUAUUUAUCAAAGAUUUUAAUUUGUCGAACAAUAAACUUCAAUAUCUUCCCGCUGAUAUAUUCCAGUACAUGGAGGUGAAAAGAAUUUAUUUGUCUUCCAAUGGAAUUCAUACAAUUAAUGAAUAUGCAUUUCGUGGCUUGGAAGAAAGUCUCGAAUAUUUGAACCUUGAAAAUAAUGAUAUAAAUCAAGUUCCAGAGGCUGUAAUGAAUUUAAAAAGACUUUCAUAUCUCUAUAUAGCUAAUAAUGACAUUCGUUUAGUGAGAAAUGAUAGUUUCCUUGAAUUCUCGGAGAAUUUGAAAGCACUUUCGUUGCAAACCAAUCAUCUUACUUCAAUACCAGUCACUGCGUUAUUGAAAUGUACAAAUAUUUUACACUUGAAUUUGGGAUACAAUAAAAUUUCCAGCGUCGAACCUGGGAGCUUUGAUUGGGCGGAGAAUUUGGAAAUUCUUCUUUUGAGAAAUAAUAUAAUUUCAAAAUUGGAAGCCGAGGCUUUUAAAGGUGCAACGAAAUUAAAAGAAUUGAGUCUUUCGUUUAAUCAUUUGACGGAGUUGGAGGAUGACACAUUUUUAGGAAUAGGUGAAACUUUGGAAAUUCUGGAAUUGAGCUUUGCAUUUGCCACUGAUGUUUUCCCACAAAAGGCUCUGAGACCGCUUGUGAAUCUGAUGUGGCUUGUUUUAGAUAACAAUAAUUUUCAUACCAUUGAUCCAACUUCGUUUUAUUCACUGCGCUUAUUGAGAUAUGUCAAUCUCGAAUCUAACAGGCUCCACUAUUUGCCAGAAAUGAUUUUCCUGUCGGACGUUCAUCCGGAAUUAAGAGACAUCAAAUUGGGUUACAACUUCAUUGAAGCUAUUCCUGAUGUUACAUUUCACAAUUUUACCGAAUUGAGAUCGAUUGACUUGUCCGGGAAUCGUAUUCGACACGUCACCGCCAAUUCAGUUGAAGAUUGUCCGAAACUUUUAACAAUAUCACUAGCUUACAACAGAAUAUCGAAAAUAGAUAAAUAUUCCUUUUGUGGACUUCGAAGUCUAAGGUUUCUUCAUCUGGAAUUCAACAGACUGACUUCUCUGGAUUUCGAUUCAAUUUUCGAAAGUGGAGAUUUUGAAUUUGCCCUAAACGCCUCGUAUAAUUCAAUAUCAAGUAUACAUUCCGUUUUCCUAAUGGACAAUUUGACUCGUCUUGAUCUUGGUUUCAACAAUUUUACCCAUUUCUCGGCUGAAGUCUUUAAAAAUAUGCCAAAUUUGAAGUCUCUGGACGUGAGGAAUAAUUUCAUAGCGUCUCUGGAUUCAGGUGUAUUUUCACUAAAACAACUGGAGAUUUUGAAUCUUCGCGAGAAUCGUCUGGAAAUAUUGAGAAAGCAAUCUUUUUACGGUCUUGAAUCACUUCAGGAAUUAGAUUUGAGUAAGAAUGAAAUUUUUCAACUGUCCACUGAACAAUUUCGAUAUCUAAAAAGACUUCGAGUUUUGAAUUUGUCGCACAAUAAACUUCGUUCAUUGUCUCGAGAUGUUUUUGAAGCAACGAGACUGGAAAUUUUGGACAUGAGUAAUAAUAAAUUCACCGUGGUACCUUCGCCUUCAUUUUUGGAAGUUGGUUAUACACUUCGACAUCUUAAUUUAGCGGAUAAUUUGAUUGAUCACUUGGACUCGAUGGUGUUUCCAAUUUCUCAGUUGACUUGGUUGAAUCUUAGCAAGAAUCGCAUGACCAUUCUUCCUGACAAUGCUUUUGUCUCUCUGGGAAAACUCUUGACAUUGAACAUGUCUCAGAAUAGUCUUCAGGCUAACUUUAAGGAGCUGUUUCACUAUCUUCCGGAUUUGAGACAAUUGUAUCUGGCAAAUUGUGGAUUACGAAAAAUACCAGUUCUUCCCUUGCCAACACUAAGUACUCUUGAUUUGUCCUUGAAUCAUAUCAAAAGUGUAUCGGAUAAGGACUUUGAAAGUUUAGGAUCAUUGAAGACUUUGCUAAUGGUCAACAAUUCUCUGACUUCCAUCAGCCGAAUUAGAUUGGGUCUGCUGAGAGAAUUGGACGUAUCGGGCAAUCCAGUUGAGGAACUGACGAGAGACACCUUCUUGGGCCUAUCACGUUUGGAGAAGUUAAACUUGAAAAAUUUGAAUAAGACGAGGCGAGUUGAAAAAGAUUGCCUACGAAGUCUCAAGUACUUGAAGCAUCUAAGAGUCCAAUCUUGGCCCGAUGUGGCAGAAUUUCACCUCCGUCACGUUCUCCAGGGUUUGCCUCUAAAAACAGUAGAAAUUCAAAUGAUGGAACACUAUCUGAAGGAUCAGAUUUACAACACUUUUACGAAACAGUUACGAGAGUUAACAAUUACAGGCUAUAAUCUUGAAAAAAUUUCGCCCGAUGCCUUUUCAUCCAUAGAAGGAGGUGAUCUCAUUCUUAGAAUCAAGGACACUUCCGUCCGAAGAUUGCAGUCUGAUAUUUUUUUAUCACUAACCAAACAUCUCUCCCAGCUCACUCUUGACCUUCGAAACAAUCAUAUUAACGAAUUAAGUCCUUCUGCAAUCUAUGGAAAUUUAUCAUGGGAGGCAGUGGGAACCAACAUGGUUGCUGGUGGUCUGCAAGUUUCCGGAAAUCCGUUGGAGUGUGAUUGCGAAAUCGCCUGGCUGAGUUUGUGGCUGAGGCGUUGGCUUCGCGAAUCGCGACAAAUUCACACAGCUUCACAGUCAGACGCAAGACAACUGCGGACAAUCGCAGGCCGAGCUGUUUGCACCGAAACAACACCUUCGUCGUCGUCAGAUAAAGUUCUUCUCACUUUGGGAAUACCACACACAGCCUGUCAGGCAUCUGCUCUCAGUUCCGGAAAUUACGAGCGAAUGGCUCGAACCUGGCUGACCAUCGUCGAGUUUUUCAUUUUAAUACUCAUAGCCAAUUAAUGCGAGCACGU